UUUUCCGCUAAUUCCUGCCCACUGCUAGCCGCUUUUCCGCGUCAAUUCUGCCUCCAUCCUCAAGGGUUCGCCGCUCACCGCGCAGCUUAGUGCGAUAGUGCAAAGCCUCUUCCAAUCGCCUUGAUGACAUGGUGCGGUCCAAGCAGGUUGGGAAUCACAAAAGUGACAAAAAGAAGAAUAUCUCCAAACUCUGGAAAACUAAGCGCAGAGUAAAAGACCUGGAUCAGAUUCACCAUGAUAUGAAGCCUGAAAAUGCAAAACUCUUAUUAAAUCAGGAGAUUGACUACCAGCUACCUGGAAAUGCCCAGCACUACUGCCUACAUUGCUCCCGAUACUUCGUAGACCUAAAGACUCUAAAGGAACACUUCAAAACCAAGGUUCACAAGCGCAGACUCAAGCAGCUAAGGGAGGAACCAUACACUCAAGAAGAGGCAGAAAGGGCAGCAGGGAUGGGGUCAUAUAUCCCACCUAAAUUAAUUAAUGUCCAAACACAGGACACAAUGGAAAUGAGUUAAAAUGUAAAACUUUGUAAACUGAACUGUAAUAUAUGGACAUGUAUUCGUUUGUGAUGGAUCAGUUUCUGGCCCUCAUCUAACAGGAUCAUAAAAGAAUUGACGCAUAUCCUGCUUUUGGUCAGAAUAUUGGCACUUGCAACUACCAACCAAAUGGCAAAUUAAAAUCUCUCUCAACAUGUGUAUAUGCUGCCAAAAUAUCAAAUACAAACUGUUAUAUGGAAAGUAAUUUGAUAAAAGUAUGUAUACCACUUCUAUGAGUAUAUGGUAAGGCAUGCUCUGCAAGCUGACUCUUGCAUAUUAAAACCAAUGCAUUAUG